GCUUUUGAUGAGAGUGUAAACUCGACUGGAGCAGUAGCAAUAGUUAUAGACGAAGGUAACUCAAACGAUUCUGAAGCAACAGAAACUACUACGAAUACUAGUGCAGUUGAAGUUGAUUAUGUGGUUUUAAAUAGUAAUAUAGAUCAGUUAUAUAGUAAUGCUAUGAAUAAUUUUAAAGC